GCGCAUGCGCAGCGCGGGCGGGGCGGGGCGGCCGCGCUGCCGCGGUCACGGCCCGGCGGGUGCGCGGGGCAGGAGCGCGGAGUGCGCUCCUCAAAACCCUUCGAUCCCGGAGCUUCCGCUCCUCACCCGCGGGGAACGACAGGGAGGCCGGGGAUAGCCGUCCCUCCUCCCGCCGCUGGCGGAGCCGCAGCCAUGGACGAGCAGAGCGUGGAGAGCAUUGCCGAGGUGUUCCGAUGUUUUAUUUGUAUGGAGAAGCUGCGGGAUGCCCGCCUGUGCCCUCACUGCUCCAAGCUCUGCUGUUUCAGCUGCAUCCGGCGUUGGCUGACUGAACAAAGAGCUCAGUGCCCUCAUUGCAGAGCCCCGCUGCAGCUCCGGGAGCUCGUCAACUGUCGCUGGGCAGAGGAGGUCACCCAGCAGCUGGACACCCUUCAGCUCUGCAGCCUCACCAAGCACGAGGAGAACGAGAAGGACAAGUGUGAAAACCAUCAUGAGAAGCUCAGUGUUUUCUGCUGGACCUGCAAGAAGUGUAUCUGCCACCAGUGUGCACUUUGGGGAGGAAUGCACGGAGGGCACACUUUUAAACCACUGGCAGAGAUCUACGAGCAGCACGUCACAAAAGUAAAUGAAGAAGUGGCAAAGCUGAGGAGGAGACUGAUGGAAUUGAUCAGCUUGGUGCAGGAAGUGGAGCGGAACGUGGAGGCCGUGCGCAGCGCCAAGGACGAGCGCGUGCGCGAGAUCCGCAACGCCGUGGAGAUGAUGAUCGCCCGCCUCGACACCCAGCUCAAGAACAAGCUCAUCACUCUCAUGGGUCAAAAGACAUCACUUACUCAAGAAACUGAACUUCUGGAAACCCUGCUUCAAGAAGUAGAACAUCAGUUACGGUCCUGCAGCAAGAGUGAGCUGAUAUCCAAAAGCUCAGAGAUCCUGAUGAUGUUCCAGCAGGUCCACCGGAAGCCCAUGGCCUCAUUUGUCACCACUCCUGUCCCCCCAGACUUCACAAGUGAAUUGGUUCCAGCCUAUGACUCAACUACAUUUGUCUUGGAAAACUUCAGCACCUUGAGGCAGCGAGCAGAUCCUGUGUACAGCCCUCCCCUGCAGGUGUCAGGACUGUGCUGGAGAUUAAAAGUUUACCCGGAUGGAAAUGGAGUAGUUCGGGGCUACUACCUGUCAGUGUUCCUGGAGCUGUCUGCUGGAUUGCCAGAGACAUCCAAGUACGAGUACCGUGUAGAGAUGGUUCACCAGUCCACCAACGAUCCCACCAAAAACAUCAUCCGGGAAUUCGCCUCUGAUUUCGAGGUUGGGGAGUGCUGGGGGUACAAUCGCUUCUUCCGCCUGGACCUGCUGGCCAACGAGGGCUACCUGAACCGGCAGAACGACACCGUCAUCCUCAGGUUCCAGGUGCGCUCCCCAACCUUCUUCCAGAAGUGCCGGGAUCAGCACUGGUACAUUGCUCAACUGGAGGCAGCUCAGACAAGUUACAUCCAGCAAAUAAAUAACCUCAAAGAAAGGCUGGCGAUUGAACUGUCCCGGACUCAGAAAUCCCGAGGGGUUUCCCCUCCAGACACUCAUCUCAGUCCCCAGAAUGAUGAGGGCUCAGAGACAAGAGCAAAGAAACCUGGACAGAGCAUUGAGGCACUGCUUGAGAAUUUCACUGCUCCAGGAUUAGCAAGGGAGAACAAGGAGGAGGAGGAAGAGAAGACGCAGCAGGAAGACUUUAAUCACGAGCUCUCAGAUGGUGACCUGGAUAUAGAUCUUGCUGGAGAAGAUGAGGUGAACCACCUCGAUGGCAGCAGCUCCUCAGCAAGUUCAACAGCAACCAGUAACACUGAAGAAAAUGAUAUUGAUGAAGAAACUAUGUCUGGAGAGAAUGAUGUGGAGUACAGCAGCACCAUGGAGCUGGAGGAUGGAGAUCUCAUGGAGGAUGCAGCAGCUGCUGCCACUCCUGGAGCAUCAGGUACCAGCCACAGCUACAGCAGUGCCAGUGGGAGACCCUCCCGGCGGGGAGCCAGCGCCCUGGGCUCCACAGCCAGCAGCAGCUUGCUGGACAUAGAUCCCCUCAUUUUAAUCCACUUGCUGGACCUGAAAGACAGAAAUGGCAUGGAAAACCUCUGGGGCCUUCAGCCACGUCCUCCUGCCUCUCUUCUGCAGAACAGAGCCUCGUCCUAUUCCCUGAAGGACCGAGAGCAGCGGCGGCACCAGGCCAUGUGGAGGGUGCCCCCAGACCUGAAGAUGCUGAAAAGGCUCAAGACGCAGAUGGCAGAAGUUCGGAGCAAGAUGUCUGAUGUGAAGAACCAGCUGUCAGAAGUGAGGAGCAGCAACGCUGCCUCAGGGGAGGGACAGCCCAGCUUCUUCUCCAUCGAGCAGGGGGCCCUGGCUGCCUGUGGCACUGACAGCUGCAGCAAGCUGCAGGAGAUAGGGAUGGAGCUGCUGACCAAGUCUUCAGUCACCAGUUGUUACAUAAGGAAUUCUGCCAGUAAGAAAAGUGCCUCAGCCAAGCCCCUGCGCUCGGGAGCGGCCGGGAGCCUGUCCCUGAGGAGAGCCAUGGACAGCGGGGACGGCCACCUGCGCCUCAAAGGGGACAGCCACGCUGCUGAGGGCCUGGGGAGCUCCAAGCUGAGUGCUCGGCCCCACGCUCGCGCCCUGGCCGGCCCCGGGGCCGCCGAGGCGCUGCCCAAGCAGGAGGAGAGAACCUGUGAGGGAUCAGACUCUGAGCUGGGAGCUGCUGGCUUGGCUGCUGCAGAGAAGAACAGAAAAGUUGCUGCUCUGGGCUCAAGCUCCAAGGGAUGUCGAGGAGAAGGAGCCCAGUCUGGCCUGGAGAGCAGCUCUGAGCCCGGGGAGCUGCCGGGGCCGGGCCCUGAGGGCGCCUCUGCAGCACCAGAGGAAGCUGGGGUGUGCCAGAAGCACGUCCUUCACCUGCUGCCAGGCAUGAGCAGUGACAGUGACAUCGAAUGUGACACGGAAAACGAGGAGCAGGAAGAUGCCACCUCUCCCUCAGAGGUGUUCAACCAGGCCUUCUCUGUCCAGCCCUCCAGUGAAGGAAUGUGCUUCCAGCAGUUGAGUGGAGCCUCAGAAAGUCCUCUGGUUAAGCUUUCACUCCCAGUCCAGUGGAUCAAAGCUGUGAGGCCAAGGAGAGCACUCCUCGGUGUUACCAGACGGGGAUCAGGCCGCUCCUGACGAGCUCAGCUUUGUCCCUGCAGAUGACAGCACCAGGUAGAGCGUGGGCUGGAGGCCUGAAGAGCCACGCUCAUCCCUGGGAGAGGUGUGUGCAUUCCCUGGAGCUGAGCCCGAGCCCGUGCCCUCUCCACUCUGGCAAUCGUGGUUCUUCUGCCGUUGUCCCAGCCCUGCCCCCGGGUUGGCACAAGGACCUUGGCAGGCCUGGCACUGAGGGGUGGCACUGAGGGGUGGCACUGCUGCUCCAGCUGCUCUGAGGAGCUGUGGGGAAGGUGCUGAGCCCCAUCCCGGGGGAUGAGGGUCCUGCUGUGCCACUGGAAUGGGUGGCUGUCCUUUGGAAUGCUGGGGUGGCUCCAGAGCUGGGGAAAGCAGCCACCACUCCGAUUGUUUGCCCCAAUUGGUGACGUGGACCAACCACAGCCAUUGCCAAACUCUUUGUUCGUUGCAUUUUGAGCUGCUGCAGUCCUUGUGAAGCUCCUCUGAGAGCUGAUGCCUGGUUAGUGACAAAGCAUGAGCCCUGUCAGAACCUGCCUGGUGUUGUUCUCGUGUGGCUGCCUGUGUCCGUGUGAAUGUGCUCUACAACUCCUAGUUUAAAACUGUUUGCACUUUGUUAAUAAAAUGAAUGUUGAAAUCUGAAUUUUAGGUGUUUUGUGCGUGGAUAAGUAAAAGGGUGGAGGCUGUCAGGGUCAGCUCCCCUUGCUGCAAUGCCUGGCUGCACAUGGAGGGACUUUUCCCUGCCAUCCACCUGUCACUUUUUCCCUUAAUUAUUCAGUGAAAAGCACUUAAACCCCUCAGGGAUUCUGUUUGUAGAAGCCAGACUAAAUUCUUAAAUCUCCUUGAUUCGAACAGGAAUGGAGAAGGACACAGAGUUUUCUCCAAAGCUCUGCUCAGCUGCAGAGGGAGCAGAUCCUGCGCCUGUGCUGAGCCUGGAGGGGGCCAGGGCCAGGCCCACAGCCUGUGGAGGUGCCUGUGAGUGUUUGGGGCUGUGCUGGUCCCUGCACAGCUCGGUCACUGCAGGCAGUCAGGGAGCUCUGCCCCUGCUUUAGUCCCACUGAGAGGCCCAGGCUGAGGGAAAUGACUGCUGAGGCACAGGGGCUGCUCUGGAGCUCGUGUCCAGCUGCUGCAGGGGCAAAGAGGAGCUGUUGCUUUGCUCCCCUUUUAUGGACACCUUAUUCAGAGCUGCUUUGGAAAGAGCAGGGGGGAAAGGGGCUGGGAAGGCGCUGCUCUCCUUGGGCUGUGCUACAGCAGUCCCCUCCCUUUGGGCUGCAACAGGCCCUGAGAGCUCAGCAGAGCAACUCCAGUUCCAUAUCCCACAAAGGAAACCCCUUUCAGCACACUGAAGGCACAGCUGCUCGCUGCCUUUGGAAGCUCUUCAAUAACCAGACUAUCUGAAGUGUGGUUUAAAUUACUGUUUUAUUAAGAUAUUGGUAAAACUUCAACAGUUUUUCCUGUAUAAACAGCUUUCAUAAAUAAAAUAUGGAUGACUAAUACAUGGUUAGAACUAAACUGGCGGGUAGAACUGUAGAACAAGAUUGCAAAUGGAAAAGUCCCAACACUUGUACAUGAUUUAGCUUGAAUUUAUUCACUUCAUAAAGAACAUGUUUGAUGAACAAGGUACUACAGAAAGGUCAGCAGGAGCAGCCAGGAGCUGAGACCGCGCCUGGCCACGAGCAGCAGCACUCGGGGUGAGCUCAGCCACCUCCCCUGUUCUCGUCCCGAGGUGUCUUCAGAGGGAAGGAGAGGAGGAACCGGACACGACAGGGGUUGAACGAGACCCUGACAGGUGGGGGUUGUUUGUCUUUAAUGCUGGCAAGGGCUGUGCCAUGGCCGGGGCCAGGCCUGCAGAGGGGCGCGGACGUCCGAGUCCGAGGUCGUGCUAGUGCUUCCUUUUUAUUGCACAUGAUACGAGGGGAGAAAGUUUUGUUCCUGUUGCAAAGAGGAUGUGAAUUAAAGAAAGAUUGCCCUAAAUUACAGACAUGAACAAAGCUGCAGUAUCCCCUUGGAUGGCUUUGUUUAUGUGACUAAGUGCCCAGUGAAGAAGUUGUGCUAAAACAGAUUUAGACCUUAAUUUAGACCAAUCUUUCUCAUUUUGCUUUAUUCCCACAGAAUCGUGGGGUGGGGAGGAUUUGGUGAGGAGAGAGUGGACCUGAACUACAGCAGCCACGUCUGUGCACACAACUCCUUGUGCCUCAUCUGCCCACGGGACAAGUGACACACAGUGCUCCAAAAACAGGCGGAGUUUCUAGGAUGAUGCACCACCAGAAACGUGGUGUAAGUCAAAGUCUGCUUGGACAUUGUCCUCCAGCGCUGCCGCGCUCAGCAGCUCGGCCAGGGAACGGUUUUCACUCGCAAGGACAAUGGAUGGCACUUCCAGGUAAGGAAAAAUUCCACACGUGCCUUUCCACCCACCUCUGGUGCAAACGGGGUGGGUGAAGAGCUCCCUGCUCUGUGCUGUUCUCUCUGCACCGCACGCGUGGCUCGGGGUCGGAAAAGCGCUCACAGUGAAGAGCUGAGGGGUGAGUUCUGAGCAGCUCCAGGCAAAGCAGCCCCGAGCCCCUUCCUCAAAACCAACCAAAACACAACAAAACUCAAGUUGCCACUGCUACCUCCUGGUUCUGCAACCACCACGUCGACCGAGAGGGAUGCGGGGUUGUGUGAACGCGCAAAAGGGAUACUUCAGCUCUUUAUUGGAAAGAUUCGUUGUACAAAUUUUCACCACCACUAAGAUACACGAUAAAAAUACAAAACACAGGUCACAGACUGAAUCUCAGUAUCAACAGUUAAUAAAUACAAUGAGAUAGUUCUCUAUUAGCCUAAUAUUUUACACUGUCACCAGAUAGACGAUCAAGGUACGAGAUACAGAACAUUUAGAUACUGUUAGAGAGGGAUUAUUGCUUACGUCAGCAAGCAGCAGAUAAGGGCACAGGAGUUUGAACUGAAGGAGCUACUUCCUAUCACCAGUGGCAUUAAGAGAAAACACUGCAUUUCACAAGCACUGCUUUUUGUCUAGUGUGUAGAAUCAAGAGCAGCAUAAUCAGACCAAUAACCACUACUUUUAAUAUUAUAGAACUUUAAAGGACUUACCUUACAAAUGGUUCCUAUCUACUCUAUAAAUAUGCAGUUAGUGAAGAAAUGAACACUUGCUCUAUCUAUACAAUGGUUUUACCUGACCACACUGCAACUACAAUGGUGGAUUUUUUUUUUUUUCUCCUAGCAAGAUAAAUGGGAUGAGUCGCAGAAUUACCAUUUAUGAAUCCACACCUAAAAAUGCUAGAUCCUUCCCAAAACAGCACACAUGCAGUCCAGUGCUCUUCAACUGCUCCUGCAGACUGGGAAGAAGUUUUGUCAUCCGUGACGGGUUUGCAUUCUAAUUUACUCACAUCAAGAAUUGCACUUACACCACCUUUCUCUCCGGAACACGACAGUCAGCUAAAGAUGGACUUUCAGUGAGUCAUUAUUACUGUGAAUAAUUUAAAACAAAGGCACCGCAGAGAUGCCCCAGAGUUGCAUAUUUUACCAUUUCAUGGUUCCUCAAAUUUCCUCGGUAAAUCUGACUUGGAACAGAAGCUGCAGCUAAAGAGAACAUUGACAACAGCUAAGGCAGAAGAAGAUGGCAGAUAAGAGCCAAUGAUCCCGUAAGAUUAAAACAAAGUCUGAAAAAGAUCAAAGGAAUCUAAAGCCACACUCCAACUCCUGGUUGCUCACAAAGCCUUUUGCUGUUCAUCAGAUUGCUUUUAAAAUAGUGCAUCAAAGAGAGAAGCAGCAGAAAUUGGCAGAAUUCAAGCCUCGCCAUCUUGUCGUGUUGAAUAAUUUUCUUGACUACUUAAUAUUAAAAUACUUUGCAAAUUCUAGCUAAACACUAAUACUGCUAUUGUUACUGCUGAAAUGAUAUGAAUUGUUCACUAGGUGCCUAUGAAGAUUUACUGUAUUCAUACUCCUCCCAGUGCAUCCCUGGAACAAGGGGUAGGAACGGGGUCUGGACUUAGUGGAGCUGAUGGGAAUCGCCGCUUAUUUACGUCCCAAUUAGCGGCUCCCCUAAGGGGUGACCUCACCUCGGGAGCGGGGAGGGGCUGGAGCCGCUGCUGAGGCAGGGAGGGGCUGCAGAGCUCCUCCCUGGCCCUGCUGGACCCGGGGGAGAGGAACAGAGCCCUGCCCGGGCACUGAAUUCCAUCCUCUCCGCUGAGCCCAGCGCAGCCCCUGCUCUGCCGCAUCCUCGGCAUUUCCAUCCCCUCUGGGCAUUUCCAUCCCCUCGGGGCAUUUCCAUCCCCUUUGGGGAUUUCCAUCCCCUCGGGGCAUUUCCAUCCCCUCUGGGCAUUUCCAUCCCGUCUGGGCAUUUCCAUCCCCUCGGGGCAUUUCCAUCCCCUCUGCUGUGCCCCUCCUGCUGCCCCCGGGUGGGAAAUGCUGCUCUGGCACCCGGGAAUCCUCACCAGAACCUCACAGCUCAUCCAACAGCUCCUGAUCUCCGCUGGGACAGAGGGUGGGACUGGACACCUCCACGGGUUGGGUUCUUUUAAGACCUGAGAUGAAGUUAAGGUGGGAAGAGGUUGGCUCAAAGCAUUAAGCACAAUCAUGUUCAACUCAUUGAGAACAAUUUCCUAAACUGAGAAAUGAGAAAAAUGCCAAUAUAAGCACCAGAAAGAUACGAAAUUCCCUACACUGCAUCUCCAGCCAUAGAAAAGUUUUCUUCAUACUCCGCAUUUUAUAUUACAUGAAAAAAAAAAAGGUAAAUUAUGAGUCUGUACCUCGAUGGGAGUCUGAGACCAGAGCAGCAGGAGCUUAGUGUGUCCAUUCCUAAGGUACCUGGUAAACCCUGUAUGGCUUUUAGUCGUCUACCUGCAAAAGUGGAUGUAAUUUUCUAAUUCAUCUUAACGCUCACCUGGAAUAAACAGAAAGCAGAACACGAAAAGAAACACAAAAACCCCAAAAAAACCC